GGACAGGGCCCUCGCGGAGGUCGGCGACCGCAUGUUCACCGACGCCGUCUUCGUCCGCAACGAGCGCGUGGCGCGCGAGCUCGGCGCCGGCUGGGCGGCCGCGCUGAUGGACCGCUGCGAGCGGGGCCUCGCCCCGCCGGCCCUGUCCCGGCGCGGCCAGCGGCCCUGUGGGGGCCGCGCCCCGACGCUGGAGGGCCUCGCCGUGCUGUGGUGCGACGCCGACCCCGCCGUGACCGAGUCCGCGGGGCCCCUGCGGGCCGCCGGCAUGUCGGUGCGCACCUUUCGGGAGCCGGAGGACGCCCUCGAGUUCUUCCGUGGCGCGCCCGCGGGCGCGGUGGGGGCCGUCCUCACUUCCAUGAUGCGCGGCGGCGGCCGCGAGGCUCGGGGAGCGAUGACCGGGCUCGGCCUCGUCGCCGCCUGCGCCGAGUGCGCCCGGGCGCGCGGCGAGCCGAGGCCGGUGCUCGGGGUCGUGUCGAUGUCGGCCGACCGGGAGGCGUGCCUGGCGGCUGGCGCGGACUUCGUCGUGUACGGCGAUCGCGCGAGGGCGCAGCGGCGGCUGCUGUCGGAGCUGAGGGAGCGGCGUGCCCGCACGGGCCCGGGGGAAGCACAGCAGCGGCCGUGCGCCCCGUUGUUGUCGCGCGGAAGCGAUCUUGUCCAGCUUGCCACCGAGGGUCCUAUUAUACCUGAGCGUGCUGUCGACAAGGGCAGUCGGAGCCCAGGUCGCUCUCGGCUCUCGGACUGAAACCCACAGGAAUUGGCUAG